UUUCCUUCCCCUUCCUGUGAUUUCAGAUCAGCCUUGAGCAGAAUUUGACAGAAGAUGUUACAACGGUUUUACCUCUGGAAAUGCUUAGCUUUGGGAAUCAUCCUGGGAGCGCUGUCUGCAGUCUGCUUCGGCCAGUACGAUGAUGAUUGCAAACUAGCUAGGGGAGGACCGCCAGCCACCAUAGUUGCCAUUGAUGAAGAAAGCCGGAACGGUACGAUUCUGGUGGAUAACAUGCUGAUCAAAGGGACUGCGGGAGGACCAGACCCCACCAUCGAACUUUCCUUAAAGGACAACGUGGAUUACUGGGUGUUGCUGGACCCCGUCAAGCAAAUGCUCUUUCUGAACAGCACGGGCAGAGUUCUGGAUAGAGACCCCCCGAUGAACAUACACUCGAUCGUGGUGCAGGUGCAGUGUGUCAACAAGAAGGUGGGCACCGUCAUCUACCAUGAGGUUCGCAUCGUGGUGAGGGACCGCAACGACAACUCUCCCACGUUCAAGCACGACAGCUACUACGCCACGGUGAAUGAGGUCAGUGCCCUCUGCCCAUCUGACAAUCCUACCUGGAACGUCGAGUUUAUUAGGAAUUUUAACUGCCUGCCAUUCCUGCCGGUGGAAGUCUCACCAAAUAUUUGGCUGCCGCAGGACAUGGGCCAUCAUACUUCCAGCCUCAGUAACAGUUCCUUUGUCCCUGACCGAAUGACCACUCAGCUUUUAGAUCUAAAUCUUGGUCUAAAAUCAAAUAGUAAUGAUAGGCCCCCUUCAUUCCCUCAAACAUUUGAUCAGGAAGAACUGAACCCCAUUGUGGUUACCCCGCCCAUCCAAGCUGUUGACCAGGACCGGAACAUUCAGCCACCAGCAGAUAGACCAGGCAUCCUCUACUCCAUCCUUGUUGGGACUCCGGAGGAUUACCCACGAUUUUUCCAUAUGCAUCCUAGGACGGCAGAACUUAGCCUCCUGGAGCCCGUAAACAGAGAUUUUCACCAGAAAUUUGAUUUGGUUAUUAAGGCUGAACAAGACAAUGGCCACCCUCUGCCAGCCUUUGCCAGUCUACAUAUUGAAAUACUGGAUGAAAACAACCAGAGUCCCUACUUCACUAUGCCCAGUUAUCAAGGCUACAUUCUGGAAUCUGCCCCAGUGGGAGCCACUAUCUCCGACAGUCUGAAUUUGACCACCCCUCUUAGAAUUGUGGCCCUGGACAAGGACAUAGAGGAUACAAAAGACCCAGAGCUUCACCUUUUUCUCAACGAUUACACCUCAGUCUUCACUGUCACACAGACCGGUAUCACUCGCUACCUCACCCUACUUCAACCAGUGGACCGGGAAGAGCAGCAAACUUAUACUUUUUCGAUAACAGCAUUUGAUGGUGUGCAAGAAAGCGAGCCAGUUAUUGUCAAUAUCCGGGUGAUGGAUGCAAAUGAUAACACUCCAACCUUCCCUGAAAUAUCCUAUGAUGUCUAUGUUUAUACAGACAUGAGCCCCGGGGACAGCGUCAUACAGCUCACCGCGGUGGAUGCAGAUGAAGGGUCCAACGGGGAGAUUACCUACGAAAUCCUAGUUGGGGCUCAGGGAGACUUCACCAUCAACCGAACCACGGGGCUCAUCACCAUCGCUCAGGGGGUGGCGCUGACAGUGGGGCGCACCUAUGCGCUCACAGUCCAGGCUGCAGACAACGCGCCUCCUGCAGAGAGAAGGCACUCCAUCUGCACCGUGUACAUUGAAGUGCUUCCUCCAAAUAAUCAGAGCCCUCCCCGCUUCCCACAGUUGAUGUACAGCCUUGAAAUCAGUGAAGCCAUGAGGAUUGGUGCUGUUUUAUUAAAUCUCCAGGCAACUGAUCGAGAGGGAGACCCAAUAACAUAUGCCAUUGAGAAUGGAGAUCCCCAGCGAGUUUUUAAUCUUUCAGAAACUACUGGGAUUCUGACCUUAGGGAAAGCCCUGGACAGGGAGAGCACGGAUCGCUACAUUCUGAUCGUCACUGCUUCCGAUGGCAGGCCGGAUGGGACCUCAACUGCCACGGUAAAUGUGUUAGUGACAGAUGUCAAUGACAACGCCCCAGUGUUUGAUCCCUAUCUGCCUCGAAAUCUGUCCGUGGUCGAAGAAGAAGCCAAUGCGUUUGUGGGUCAAGUAAGGGCAACAGACCCUGAUGCGGGAAUAAAUGGCCAGGUGCACUACAGUCUGGGCAACUUCAAUAAUCUCUUUCGCAUCACAUCUAACGGGAGUAUUUACACAGCAGUGAAGCUUAACCGAGAGGUCAGGGACUACUACGAACUUGUCGUUGUGGCAACCGAUGGGGCGGUUCACCCGCGUCACUCAACUCUGACGCUGGCCAUCAAAGUGUUGGAUAUUGAUGAUAACAGUCCCGUGUUCACUAACUCAACAUAUACUGUCAUCGUAGAAGAGAACCUGCCAGCCGGGACCACCUUCCUUCAGAUAGAGGCCAAAGAUGUUGACCUCGGAGCAAAUGUGUCUUAUCGGAUCAGAAGCCCAGAAGUCAAGCACUUUUUUGCACUACAUCCGUUUACAGGAGAACUGUCCCUCUUAAGGAGUUUGGACUAUGAGUCAUUUCCAGACCAGGAAGCAAGCAUCACUUUUCUCGUGGAGGCCUUCGAUAUUUAUGGAACGAUGCCACCGGGCAUUGCUACUGUCACAGUGAUAGUGAAGGAUAUGAAUGAUUAUCCUCCAGUAUUUAGUAAACGAAUCUACAAAGGGAUGGUGGCUCCGGAUGCUGUCAAGGGCACGCCUAUCACCACGGUUUAUGCUGAAGACGCAGACCCUCCUGGAUUACCUGCAAGUCGUGUGAGGUACAGAGUAGAUGAUGUCCAGUUUCCUUAUCCUGCUAGUAUUUUUGACGUAGAAGAAGAUUCUGGAAGAGUAAUAACUCGAGUCAAUCUUAAUGAAGAACCUACGACAAUUUUUAAGUUGGUGGUCGUCGCUUUUGAUGAUGGUGAGCCUGUGAUGUCCAGCAGUGCCACCGUGAAGAUUCUGGUCUUACAUCCUGGAGAAAUCCCACGCUUCACACAAGAGGAAUAUAGACCCCCUCCAGUGAGCGAACUUGCUGCCAGAGGCACAACAGUUGGUGUCAUUUCUGCAGCGGCCAUCAAUCAGAGUAUCGUGUACUCCAUUGUCUCAGGAAACGAAGAGGGUCUGUUUGGAAUCCACAACAUCACGGGUGUUAUCUAUGUCAAUGCCCCUCUGGAUUAUGAGACAAGAACGAGCUAUGUGCUUCGCGUCCAGGCUGAUUCCCUGGAAGUGGUCCUCGCCAAUCUCCGAGUUCCUUCGAAAAGCAAUACAGCUAAAGUGUAUAUUGAAAUUCAGGAUGAAAAUGAUCAUCCCCCAGUGUUUCAGAAAAAAUUCUACAUUGGAGGUGUGUCUGAAGAUGCAAGAAUGUUUACUUCUGUGCUCAGAGUUAAGGCUACUGACAAAGAUACUGGCAAUUAUAGUGCCAUGGCAUACCGACUCAUCAUUCCACCAAUUAAAGAGGGAAAAGAAGGAUUUGUGGUAGAAACAUACACCGGGCUCAUCAAAACCGCUAUGCUUUUCCACAACAUGAGAAGGUCCUACUUCAAAUUCCAAGUCAUCGCAACUGACAACUAUGGGCAGGGGCUAAGUGGCAAGGCAGAUGUGCUGGUCUCUGUGGUCAACCAGCUGGACAUGCAGGUGAUCGUUUCGAACGUGCCCCCGACUCUGGUGGAGAAAAAGAUAGAAGACCUUACAGAGAUUUUGGAUCGGUAUGUUCAGGAGCAAAUUCCUGGUGCCAAAGUGGUGGUGGAGUCCAUCGGUGCUCGCAGGCAUGGGGAUGCCUUUUCGCUAGAAGAUUACACCAAAUGUGACCUGACUGUCUAUGCAAUCGACCCCCAAACCAACAGAGCCAUCGACAGAAAUGAGCUUUUUAAAUUUUUGGAUGGCAAACUGCUUGAUAUCAAUAAAGACUUUCAGCCGUAUUACGGCGAAGGAGGACGUAUUCUGGAGAUCCGGACCCCGGAGGCAGUGACCAGCAUUAAAAAGCGAGGAGAGAGCCUAGGCUAUACAGAGGGGGCCCUGCUUGCACUCGCCUUCAUCAUCAUCCUCUGCUGUAUCCCUGCCAUCUUGGUAGUUCUGGUCAGCUACAGGCAGUUUAAAGUACGCCAAGCCGAGUGCACCAAGACAGCGCGAAUCCAGUCGGCAUUACCCGCAGCCAAGCCUGCCGCACCUGCGCCCGCACCUGUGGCCGCGCCCCCGCCGCCCCCGCCGCCCCCCGGGGCGCACCUGUAUGAGGAGCUGGGAGACAGCACCAUUUGGAAUUUUUGUUGGCAGCUGGUCAUAUGCAUUGGAAGUUGUGCUAUUUGGCGGACUCUGACAAGGAGAGGGUAUGCAUCAGAGCAACAGCAACUGCUGAGGCCUUCUCUUCUUAAACCAGAGGAGUUAUCCAUGGAGUCUGGAAUUGAUCCUGGCCAGGAAUUUGGACAAGAUUAUUACAGUUAUGAGCAUGGGUAUGAGAUGCCUCAGUAUGGAAGCCGUCGCCAUCUCUUACCGCCAGCUGGACCAGAGGAGUAUGGUGAGGUGGUUGGUGAAGCCGAGGAAGAAUAUGAGGAGGAAGAGUGGGCCAGGAGACAGAUGAUCAAGCUGGUCGUGGACCCCGAGUAUGAGGCCAGCUCCACUGGAGAAGACAGCGCCCCAGAGUGUCAGAGGAACCGUGUGCACCCUCGCGGCCCGCACAGCAACAUCAAUGGCAACAUCUAUAUCGCACAGAACGGUUCCGUGCUGCGAACCCGCCGGGCCUGCCUCGCUGAUACCUUAAAAGCCACUUCCCCCGUGCGCCUGGGGAGGCACUUUAAGAAACUCGACAAGUUGGCAGUGACACAGGAGGAGAAUGUCCCCCUGAACACGUUGUCCAAGGGCCCGUUUUCCACUGAGAAGAUGAACACAAGGCCCACUCUUGUCACGUUCGCCCCUUGCCCCGUGGGGACCGACAGCUCAGCAGGGAGGCCGCUGGGCCCCAGGCUGAAAAGCACAGUUGAACAGGAGGCCGACAGUAAGAACGUCAGGGACCCUCUGGAAGUCCACAGCGACCACACGCACUCAGACGACGAGGAGCUCUGGAUGGGCCCCUGGAACAGCCUGCAUAUACCAAUGACAAAACUGUGACUGGGGUUUUCUAAGAAGUUACUUUGAUUUUUACUUCAGUUUUUAAUAAACUGCGCUUUUUAUUGCCGCUGACAAAACGACGUAUGGGAUUUAUAUCAUGCACACAAGCGAAGACUUUGGAAAAUAUGCUUUAAACUUUAAAAAAAAAGACAAAUUUGCACUCACAUUUGUAUCGGUGAAUUGUUCUUCCGGGAAAAUCUUUUUUGGACAGACUCUCAAUUCAGUAAAUAACAUCUCACUUAAAUGCAUCACUUAGCUGUUUUGUUGGGUCUUGAAUUUUUUUUUUCAUUAUAAUAAACAAGAAAUAAUUUACUAAGUCAUCAUUUAUAUUUUGUUGAUUAACAUAGAUGACUCUUCAU